AUGAACUGUGGGGAUGCCCCGAGUCCGUGGCUACACAAAAGAAAUGAUCAAACUUCGUUGCUGGUGAGGAUUUCACAGAUACAUUUCUACAACUUGUCGGUGGUCUUCGGGGAGGAAAGAGCACACUCCACCGGGGAAAAUGCCAAUCUCGCGAUCUAUUCAAAACCGAAGGCAACGACUCAGGACACAACUACGAAACGGGACGUGUCAAACGACCGUAUUGAGGAAACCAAUAUUGUAUGCAUAGUCAUAGUAAUUUUGGAAGAUUUUUUUUUGAAAACAAUUUUGAACUUUAAAAGCAAUGCUGCAACAAUUUAA